UCAAUCUUUUUUACCAUCAAAUUGAUUUGAUUGUGAUCAAACUUUAAUCAGGUUCAAUCGUUGAAACUUCAAGUUUAAAUCAUCAAAAGUUAUUGAAAAGUUAUCGUGGUUAAUUUUAAUUCUUGUGUGUAUAUUAUACACAACAAUUGGGAUAAUCGUUUCUUCAGAUUAACUGUUUAUUUAAUUAUUUGUUUGAUUAGUGAUUCAAAUCAAUCAUGACAAUUUAUUAUACUUUGAAACGUUUCAUUGCCAUUGGGAUAAUUGUCAUCGCUGGGAUUGUAAUUAGUUUAUUAUCAACGGUGUUCAGUGAAAAUUUUCAUCAUCCAGUCAUAUUUAUUGCUGGUUACAUGGGAACACAAUUAAAAUAUCAACUUCAUAAAGCGAAAACCAGUCCGUUUUUUUGUCAGAAAAAUUUGUACACCUCUCGAAGUCUAUGGUUAGAUGCUUAUCAGGCCUUUUCUCCCGUUAAAAAGUACUGCUGGUUACAUUAUUUGUCGCUGGAAUAUGACCCGUGGACUCGAACAACCAAAAGUCCUCCUGGAGUACAAAUUCUGGUUCCGCCGAUGGGAGAUACAGCAUCGAUAGAAUAUAUUUCUCCUUUUCCUUUUCAAGUUCGACCAACUGAGUAUUACGUUAAUAUAAUCAACUCAUUGGAGCAAUUAGGAUAUUCCAGAGGAAUCAACAUCUUCGGAGCUCCAUAUGAUUGGCGUAAAUCUCCUCAUGAACAAGAUGAAUUCUUUGAGUCUCUUCGAUAUUUGGUACAAGAUAUUUACGAGAAAAAUGGAGGAAAACGGGUAAUUCUCUUUGGCCAUUCGAUGGGAGGUAAUUUUGCUUACCUUUUUCUCCGUAAGCAAAACAUUUACUGGAAAAAUCAUUACAUAAGAGCGGUGGUUUUCGCAGCCUCGCCUUGGGGUGGAAAUUUUAAACACAUGUACGACUAUUUGUACGAAGAUGAUUUCGCUGCUGAUUUGAUUCCCGAAUUUCGCCAAGUAGAACGAACCUAUUCCUCUUUGGCCUUUUUAUUGCCCAAUAAACGUAUCUGGGGACCUGAUGAUGUUUUCCUUACAACACCGACAGCCGAUUACACCGCUUUCAAUAUGGAGGAAUAUUUUGCUCAUCUUAAUCAUCCAAAUGGUUAUCAAAUGUAUUUAGACACCAAAGACAUUAUGGAUCCUUUUCUUCAUCCGGAAGUUGAUAUUUACUGUAUUCCUGCUGUUGGAUAUAAAACACUUCGUCAGGUUGAAAUGUUCACCGAUAAUGAUAAAACCGAAAGAUAUACAAAUUACUCUCAGGGAGAUGGAUUCGUUAACAUAGAAUCGGCUCUUGGUUGUCUUAAUUGGUUCCCUUCCAAACAGUACAAGUUUUACCUUAAGCUACUUGAUGCCAGUCACCUGGGGAUGUUAAGAGAAACUGAAUCAGUUAAUUUUUUCACUAAUUUAAUUUAUAGUUUACCUUGAAUUUUAUACAUUCUCAGAAAAAUAUAUUCCUUUAAAUAAAUAUAAUAAUACUUA